GGCAAUCAGCGGAGCUCUACACAAAGCUCAGCCCUGGACAGACGGUCUGAGGAGUGGAGGAGAGUCUUCGGCUCCGAUCAGUUCCUCCUGGAAGGAUGCAGAGGCUAACAGAGCUGGCCGCUGCUUUGGGCACCUUCCUGGGCCUGCUGGCAGCGGCAGCAAUGGCAGGCCCUAACCUUCCCCAGCUGGACACCCACAACAGGCUGCCUGUCCUCCAGCGCCAGAAGAGAGACUGGAUUUGGAAUCAAAUGCAUAUAGAUGAAGAGAAAAAUAUGUCACUGCCGCACUAUGUAGGAAAGAUCAAGUCCAGCGUGAACCGUAAGAAUGCCAAGUAUGUGCUCCAGGGAAAGUAUGCCGGCACAAUCUUCCGGGUUGACGCUGACACAGGAGAUGUGUUUGCCUUUGAGAGAUUAGACCGGGAAAAGAAGGUUGAGUACUUCCUUACUGCCCUCAUUGUGGACAAGGAGACUAACGUCAACCUGGAACAACCUUCCAACUUCACCGUCAAGGUUCAUGACGUAAAUGACAACUGGCCUGUGUUUGAACACCAGGUAUUCAACGCGUCUGUGCCCGAGAUGUCGGCUGUGGGGACCUCUGUCAUCCGUGUGACAGCGGUAGAUGCAGACGACCCCACUGUGGCCAGCCACGCCACCGUCAUGUACCAAAUCGUAAACGGAAAUGAGUACUUCGCCAUUGAUAAUUCUGGACUUAUUUUCACAAAGGAUAAAAACUUGGACAGAGAGACAACGGCUGAGUACAAGAUCGUGGUGGAGGCUCGAGAUGCCCAGGGCCUUCGGGGAGAGUCAGGCACAGCCACUGUGCUGAUCACACUGGAAGACAUCAACGAUAACUUCCCCAUCUUUACUCAGUCUUCAUACACAUUUACGGUGCCUGAAGACAUCCGUGUGGGCAACCCCUUGGGCUUUCUGUCUGUAGAGGACCCAGACGAGCCUCAGAACCGGAUGACCAAGUACAGCAUCAUGCAGGGCGAGUACAGGGACACCUUCACCAUCGAGACAGACCCCAACCGUAAUGAGGGUAUCAUCAAGCCCACAAAGCCCCUGGACUAUGAACUCAUCCAGCAGUACACAUUCUACAUCGAGGCCACGGACCCCACUAUCAGACUCGGGUACCUGAGCAGCACCGCAGGCAAAAACAAAGCCAAGAUCACCAUCAACGUCCUGGAUGUGGAUGAGCCGCCUGUCUUCCAGCGACGCUUCUACCACUUCCAGCUGCCGGAAAACCAGAAGAAACCUCGGAUAGGCACCGUGGUGGCCAAAGACCCGGACAAGGCUCAGCGCAACAUUGGAUACUCCAUCCGCAAGACCAGUGACAGAGGGCAAUUCUUCCGAAUAACCAAACAGGGGGACAUCUAUAAUGAGAAAGAACUGGAUAGAGAAACCCAUGCCUGGUACAACCUGACUGUGGAGGCCAAUGAACUGGAUUCUAGAGGUAACCCUGUAGGUAAAGAAUCCAUUGUGCAGGUUCACAUUGAAGUUUUGGAUGAGAACGACAACCCUCCGGAAUUUGCCGAGCCCUAUGAACCUAAAGUGUGUGAGAAUUCUGCCCAGGGCAAGCUGGUGGUACGGAUCUCCGCAACAGACAAGGAUGUGACGCCACCAAACACCAAGUUCAAGUUCGCCCUGAAGACCGAGAACAGCAACUUCACUCUUAUAAACAACCACGAUAACACUGCCAACAUCACCGUCAAGUACGGGCAGUUUGAUCGGGAGCACACCAAGUUCCACUACCUACCCGUGCUCAUCUCAGACAACGGGGUGCCCAGCCUGACAGGAACCGGCACGCUAACAGUGGCUGUGUGCAAAUGCAACGAACACGGCGAGUUCACCUUCUGUGAGGAGAUGGCUGCCCAGGCGGGCGUCAGCAUCCAGGCUCUCGUAGCCAUCUUCCUCUGCAUCCUCACCAUCACAGUGAUCACCCUGCUCAUCUUCCUGAGGAGGCAGCUCCGAAAGCAGGCGCGUGCACAUAGCAAGAGCGCGCUUGAGAUUCACGAGCAGCUGGUCACCUACGACGAGGAGGGCGGCGGUGAGAUGGACACCACCAGCUACGAUGUGUCCGUGCUCAACUCUGUGCGCGGUGGCGCCACCAAGCCCCUGCGGUCCACAAUGGACGCCCGGCCAGCAGUGUACUCUCAGGUGCAGAAACCACCGCGGAUGGUGCCCCCGGUGCACGGCGGGCCCUCCGAGAUGGCCACCAUGAUCGAGGUGAAGAAAGACGAGGCAGACAAUGACGGCGGUGGCCCCCCCUACGACACGCUGCACAUCUACGGCUACGAGGGCUCCGAGUCCAUCGCAGAGUCGCUCAGCUCCUUGACCACCAACUCCUCCGAUUCUGACAUCGACUAUGACUUCCUCAACGACUGGGGACCCAGGUUCAAGAUGCUGGCAGAGCUGUAUGGCUCCGAUCCCCGCGAUGAGAUGAUUAUCUAAGGUUGCCAGUCUCUGGGCCAGGGGACCAAAGUUACUGCAGCCUAGAUCAGACACACCUGCCAUCACCUUCCCUGAUUUUCAAGGAGUGGCACAGACUCUCCAGCCCAGCAUACCUUGCCGCUGGAUACAAAAGAUCUUUCCAUCCCCAGAGUAGCAAAUUCCAGGUCCCAUCAAUAGCCAGGGACAGAGAUUUAUUUUGUUGAUGGCCACUCCAAAUAUUGGGAAAAUGAGACCAGGGUUCUGUCUGGGCUCUCACUCUGUCCUGUCCCUCCUCCCAACCCCAAUACACACUCCCAAUCUAUUCUAGAUUUCUCCUGUCCCUUCAAAACCGCCAAGCAAAGCUGCCUGUGCUGAACUUUGAGGAGUCUUCCCCAAGGGCCCCUGAGCCCUUGGUAGGGCUGUCUGUCUGAAGGCAGAAGACUGGAUUGCAUGAGCUAUGGGACAGAAUUCUAAAACCUGGUCCUAAGGGAGGCUGUGACUCACCCGUCAUGCCUGUUCUCAGGAGUCCUAGCACUGUGUGAUUCCCUGACACCUCCCUAGUGCCUAAAUACACCCCCCAGUCCCUCUCAGGCCCGUCCAGGGAGGAAGGAGACUGUUGGCAGCUCCUGACCUUGGGUACUGAGGUGUUCCAGCAGGCUUGCAACCCCAUUAACUGCUUUACUGAGCAAAUGAUCCACUCGGUCAACUUCAGGGAAAUGGCUUGUUUAAUUUGAAGCAACUGUGAAUUCACCCAGGGAGGACUGUGGAGUCCAAGGGUGGCAGGUCAUAGAGCAAGGAGAGCCUCCAGCCCACUCACCAGAAGGAUCCUGGAAAAGCUGAGGCACCCGCCUGAGAGUCAGCCCUGCCCAGCUUGCCUGUGGGAGGCAGUCGCUUGCCUGGUCACUUUUCUCUUGCUAUCGGCUUUUCUCUCCGAGGCAUUCAAGAAACAGCCUGGCUAGUGCCCCAACUCAAACACAACUGUGUCACAGAGCAGCCGUGCCAUUUGCCUUUUCCUCUAAGUCGCCACAUCUCAGGGAACGAUGCCCGAGCACGCCCUGCAGAAUGCAAGGCUCCUGGCUUGCCCAGGACCAGUGGCAUCUCUGCAUCUCUCCCUUGGAGGGAUUUGAGCAACUUUCCACUGAAGUCACAGCUGGAGAAGGGGGUGUCCAGAUACAAAGAGGUCCAGAAGAAGAAAUGUACCUUCAGGUCACCCUCCACUGUGGAUCCCUUCACCAACAAGGCCUCUCUGCAGGGGAUUGUAGAUAGCACAAUGUUUGUUUAACCAAUAAUUUGUUUUUCUUAAUUUUUUUUACUAAUAAUACUUACUAGUUUCUAGUUCUCACAAAUGUAGACUAAAGUUUUUGCAUAAUAAGCAAGUUGCUAUUUAGAUUAGCAAUUUUAAUUCAGGUUUUUUUUUUAAGUUGGAUAAACAAUCCCUGUAAGUUUUUAUUUCCUGUUGUAGUCAUUGCUGUAAGGAUGGAUAGUGACUAUGUACUAGUCACCCGGGUGUACGAGAUGUAACGUAUCU